GGCAACAAAAUCGCCAGCUCGAGAAAGAUCGCAUUCAUCAAGUUCAUCUCCGGCUCCAUCGAGGUCUCGUUUGUUUGAAGAUCGUUUUUAAUUAAGUUAAUUGAAUUCCUUUGUCGCACAAUGUUUGCUCGUUGCUCCUCGUCACUCGUUCGCCCCUCGGUACAGGUAAGAAUUUUCCGCCGGUUCCAGAGUACACUUGUGGUGGCGGAGCACAACAAUGAAACCCUCAACCCGAUCACGGCCAACGCGGUGACGGCCGCGAAGAAACUCGGCGGUGAUGUGACGGUGCUGGUCGCCGGCACCAAGGUCGGUCCCGUGUCGGAAGCGGCCGCCAAGCUGGACGGUGUUGCUAAGGUGCUCGUCGCCGAGGGAGACGCCUACAAGGGCCUGCUGGCCGAAUCACUCACCCCGCUCGUGCUGGCCACACAAAAUCAGUUCAAGUUCACCCACAUCGUGGCCGGUGCCACCGCCUUCGGAAAGGCUGUCCUCCCCCGGAUCGCCGCCAAGCUGGAUGUUUCCCCGAUUUCGGAAAUCGUCGAGGUAAAGUCGGCGGACACGUUCGUGCGCACGAUCUACGCCGGUAACGCGAUCCAGACGCUGAAAUCCAAGGACCCGGUCAAGGUGAUCACGGUACGAGGAACGAACUUCGAGGCGACCGGCGCUGCUGGCAGCCCGGCAGCCAUCGAGAAAGCCCCGGAAGGCGACUUCGCCAGCAAGACGACGGAGUUCGUGAGCCAAGAACUGACCAAGUCCGAUCGACCCUCGCUAACGGCGGCCAAAAUCAUCAUCUCCGGUGGACGUGGCAUGAAGUCGGGCGACAAUUUCAAGAUGCUGUACGAUCUGGCAGACAAGUGGGGCGCAGCUGUAGGAGCAUCCCGGGCGGCCGUCGAUGCCGGGUACGUUCCGAACGAUCUGCAGAUCGGCCAGACGGGUAAGAUCGUGGCCCCGGAGCUGUACGUCGCCGUCGGUAUAUCCGGUGCUAUCCAGCAUCUUGCCGGCAUGAAGGACUCGAAAACGAUCGUGGCCAUCAACAAGGACCCGGAGGCACCGAUUUUCCAAGUCUCCGACUACGGUCUAGUGGCCGACCUGUUCAAGGUGAUCCCGGAGAUUAACGAAAAGUGUUAGAACGAGACAGGAAAACAAAGGAUCCCUCCGGACGAACGUUAUCACACCCCGUGCCGCGAGGAUAUUCUGCAACCACCGGUGAAUAUUCCGAAAGCCAACACAAGACGAUCAGUAAUGUAAAUGUAUCGUUUUCUGUUAAUUUUAGGCGCAAAAAUUUAGCUACAGUAUAUAACAUAUAGGUUUCACAAAAAAGCUAGUAGUUGUUGGGUCCAUUUUCCACCCGAUGCGGCACCGGCCGUAGCGCCACCGUUGGGUGGUAUCACGGAUUUACUUCUUCGGUGCAAUAAUUCCUUCCAGUUGAGCCUACAAGAAGAGUUGGCAAAUAUUGUUUUAUAGAGUCAGGGUAAAAGUAUUUGUCAAUAAAUGUUUCCGUUUUCAUAAAACAGAGUCGAA